AUGAUUGGAGACAAGAAUGUCGAGACACGAGACAAAGAAGCAAAGGAGGUGCUGUCAGAGAGCUUGUGUAGAGGUAUAGACACUGGUAUGGAAGCCAGUGCGCGACGGGCCAAAGUUCACACAGAUGGCAAGGCAACCUCAACUUCUUUUCCGCCCAAGUGUGAAAGGGGGGCCGAGGAACGGCUGGGGGAUUAUUAUACUAUAUCCAAUUCGAGCUCGAAAGGAAUGCGCAGCAACGGGUGGAUCGAACGACGCUCCCGUAGGAGAUUGCUCCGUCUGGCUCUGAUUCUGGUUCCCGUUCCCGUUCCUGUUCCUGUUCCUGGUGAUGCUGCCGGCUGCCGCAGGCAAGACAUGGGGGAUCCCUCCAACGAUGGGAUUGGCAAUGGCGACAGCGAGUCAGCCUCGCGCAAGGGCGGCGGAUCGGUGGCUGCAGAGGCAGGUGACGGGUGA